AUGAGGCGAGCAGGCUUGGGUAAGAAGAGGGAUGAAGUUCUAAAUUGGGACGCUAAAACCAGCAAUGCAGGGCGCGGGGUCGCGGGAGGAAAUCGAACAGGUGAAGGAAUGCCUCCUGGAAAUCACGGGCACUAUGGCUACUCUAACAGUGGAUACAGUGCCUGUGAAGAAGAAAAUGAGAGAUUGGCUGAAAGUCUGAGGAACAAAGUAACUGCUAUAAAAUCUCUUUCCAUAGAAAUAGGCCAUGAAGUUAAACAACAUAACCAGUUAUUAGCUGAGAUGGAUUCACAGUUUGAUUCUACAACUGGAUUUCUAGGUAGAACUAUGGGCAAACUGAAGAUUUUAUCCAGAGGGAGCCAAACCAGGCUGUUGUGCUAUAUGAUGCUAUUUUCAUUCUUUGUUUUUUUUGUCAUUUAUUGGAUCAUUAAACUAAGGUGA